AAGGUGAACAAAAAAGGGAGAAAGAGACAAAGUAGAAUGUCAGGCAACAAAGAAAGGAAGGGUCAAGGAGUUCCUGAAGAAGCUCUGGCUAACCAAGGCACAUCUUCAUUAACUGAUGCUGUAGAACAAGUUGCAAAGCAACAACAAUCACAAACAUCAGAAAUAGAAAAAAACAAAAAAGUUCUGUUCCAUUUGCAGAAUGAACUCCAUAAGCUUGAAAAACAAAUAGCAUCUGUCUCUGCAGAAACUAAAGAAACAGAAAGGCAGAUUUAUCAGCAAGAUGCUGCCAUAGAGCAUGCCAAACUUCAAUGUGGGAACCUGGAAACUCAAAUCAAAUCCUUACAUACAGAAAAUGUCAAGCUUAAAUUUGACAUAGAAGCAGCCCAAGAAGACUUUGAGGAACACAUGAUAAGAUAUAAUGAAUAUUAUGCAAAAAUAAAAGAGCAUAAAGAUAGUUUGGGGGAGGUAGAAAGCAAAUGGUCAUUCAUGACUGCACUACAUGAAAAACGAGAUCUUGUUAAAAAACUAAAAACAACGAAAGAGGAACUUAUGCAAAAUCUCCAAAAUCCAGAUGGAAAUCGCAUAAAAGAAGUACAGGAAGACAUUACAAAGUUAAAGGAUAAAAUUAUAACUGUAAAAGAAUCUAUCACUGAAAAAACUUGUUUUCUUGAAGAAGAAAAAAAGACACAUGAAAAAUUAAGAAAAGAAAUAGAGGUGCAACAUAAGAGAUAUGGUGCAAUUCUUAAGCGUUUGCAUUGUCAGGUGAACAAGCUUCAGUCAAAUAAAAGACAAUGGCAAUGGAACAUUCACCAACUGGAAAAAACUGCAGCUGAACUAAGAAAACGCAUUGGAAUGAAAGAUUAACAUGGCCAAAUGGCAAUGUAGAACACAGACUAUGCCAACAAAAAUGAUAGGAAAAAAGGUUCAGAAAAUUCUUUGGAUUCUUAACCAGCAUCCACUAACAGAGGUCUGUCUUAAUAACAUAUAUUUUCUCUUUUUUUUUUGAAUCAGUUAAUCUGUUUGCUAAAGUGCCUUCCAAGCCUGCAGUUGAUAGUAGUAGAUAGACAAUAGGAAUGCUUACAGAAGAAUAGUGGAAGACUCUGUAUAAAUAUUUUGAGUAUGUAGGAUAUAACUCUAUUCAUGAAUGCCUAUUUAUAAACAUGUUGCCUUCACUAUCAUAUGAAGUAAAAAUGUUGAAGAAAAGAAACACAUAAAGUUACAAUGAUUUAAACUGUUAUGAUAUUUUAAAUGAUUCUGUUUCAAAUUUUUUAUUAAA